CGGAGCGCAGCAGCGAGCCAGAGAGUGUCAGACCGCCGUUGGCAUCUGUCGCUGCAGCCGCCAGCCUGGGCAAGUCGGUAGGCAUCAUGGAGGACGCGGAGAAGGGCGGCCGCGGGAGGCGAGAGACCACCAAGUUCGGAGAGGGCUCCGACCAUGGCCUUGGAGUAUGUGGCUGGCUGCUGGUCAUUGUUUCGUUUUUCUUGACUGCUGUGACAUUUCCCAUCUCCAUCUGGAUGUGUAUAAAGAUCGUCAAGGAAUAUGAACGAGCCAUCAUCUUUAGGCUGGGACGCAUCUUAAAAGGGGGCGCCAAAGGCCCGGGCCUCUUCUUUGUCCUGCCCUGCACAGACAACAUUAUCAAAGUGGACAUGAGGACGAUAUCAUUUGAUAUCCCGCCCCAGGAAAUUCUUACCAAAGAUUCUGUGACGGUUAACGUGGACGGCGUGGUUUAUUACCGAGUUCAGAACGCCACCCUGGCUGUGGCAAACAUCACCAACGCAGACUCAGCCACGCGCCUUCUGGCUCAGACCACCCUGAGGAAUGUCCUGGGGACCAAGAAUCUCUCUCAGAUCCUCUCCGACCGAGAGGAAAUCGCACACAGCAUGCAGAGCACCCUUGACGAGGCUACAGACGACUGGGGAAUAAAAGUGGAGCGGGUAGAGAUCAAGGACGUGAAACUGCCGAUCCAGCUCCAGAGAGCCAUGGCAGCAGAGGCAGAAGCCACCCGCGAAGCAAGAGCAAAGGUGAUUGCAGCCGAGGGCGAAAUGAACGCCUCCCGGGCCCUGAAGGAAGCCUCGAUGGUCAUCACAGAGUCGCCGGCUGCCCUCCAGCUCCGCUACCUGCAGACGCUGACCACCAUCGCGGCCGAGAAGAACUCCACCAUCGUGUUCCCCCUGCCCAUCGACAUGCUGCAGGGCAUCAUGAGAAAGUAGUAACUGGGAGGCUUCUUCUAGAAGAGCAGCCUUGCAGCUGGGGCUCAAUUAUGUAAAUGCUUCAGGCAGCCGCGUGGAGGGAUGGGUGGGAAGAGAGAGAAUUAUGCCUAUCCAGUGUCCACUUGUGUGUGCAUCUUGCAGUCGCUGGCAACCCCGGCAGCUUUUGCUGUUGGUUGAUUUUUACUUUGAUUUAGGCUGGAUUGCCACAGAAGCCAGUUGGGUUUUUUAAAAAAUCUGGCAUUUCCAGAAGCCUUGCAGUUGUUGUUUUUUUUUUAAGAAAUCGGCCUAUAUGUAUAAUAAUAUGUUUUUUAAUAGAGUUUUCAAGUGCCUGCAUCUCUCAGCAAGUCAGAGGGAAGGUUAGACUAUUUCUCAGCCCUCUGCGAAACAGACAGUUUGCUUUAAAAGAUAUUUAUACGUGUGUGUGUGUGUGUGUGUGUGUGUGUAAGUAAUGUGUGUCUCUGUGUUUUCCCCUCUUCUCUCCUGGGAGGUAGCUUCUCCCCAAUGGAACUUUCCACUGCUGCUUGUUACAACAAGGAAAGAAUGAACACACUGUAGUUAUGGGAACAGUACGCUUGUAGCUACGCUGUUGGGUCUUUCACUGGUGCAUUUUGUCUUGUGCAUAAACUAACGCAAUGACUUCUUCUAACACUUGAAGGAGAGCCUUUGUAUCUGCCUUUUGUUUGUAUAUUUUUUUGUAUAAAACCGAUAUAUACUGUAUAUAUAUAUAUGCCUUUUUUUAAAGCCUCUUGUUUUUUUUAGAUGACUACUGUUUUUUCUGCUUUUGAACCCACUCUGCCCCCACUCCCCAGUAUGAUCAGCAGAACAUUAAAAAGUCCUAGACCAAA